AUGGCCUCCUCUAACAACGAAUCUUCUCCUCUCUAUAAGGACCCAUUGCAAAUAAUCAACCGAAGAGUCUCGGACUUAUUAAGCCGCAUGUCUUUGGCCGAAAAGGCCGGACAGUUGUUCCAUACUAUGAUCACUAUGGGCCCGGAUGGCACAUUAGCUGGUCCAAAUCCGUAUCUCCAUACACGCGAUACGAAGGAAAUGAUCACUGAGCAAUUCAUAUCCCAUUUCAACCUUGUUGGCCCUAUCGUCGAUCCAUCAGAUGCCGCAAAAUUCAACAAUGCACUCCAGGCAUGUGCUAGAGAGACCCGCAUGGGCAUCCCCAUUACCCUCUCUACAGAUCCAAGAAAUCAUUUCUCCGAGCAUCUCGGCACUAGAUUCAAAGCAGGAGCUAUGAGUCUCUGGCCUGAACCUCUCGGGUUUGCAGCAACUCGGGAUAUAUCCCUUGUUGAACGAUUUGCCGAUAUCGCCCGACAAGAGUAUCUCGCGAUGGGUCUUCGACAGGCACUCCAUCCCCAAAUUGACCUAUGCACCGAAUAUCGCUGGAUUCGUACGAACGCAACAUUUGGCGAAGACGCACAUCUCACUGGAGAGAUCGUACAGGCUUAUAUUCGGGGCUUCCAAGGACCGAAAGAUACGGGCGAAGUUAGAUCUCAAAGUGUUUCAACUAUGGCCAAACACUUUCCCGGGGGAGGGCCACAAAUGAACGGAGAGGAUUCUCACUUUGAAUAUGGACGUGAGCAAGUCUAUCCCGGCAAGCAAAUCGACUACCAUUUGGAGCCUUUUAAGAAAGCCAUUCAAGCUGGUGUCCGUGAAAUCAUGCCCUAUUACAGCAUGCCAGUUGGUACCGAAUGGGAGGAAGUUGGUUUUGCAUUUAACAAAUCGGUGAUAACAGACCUACUCCGACAUGAGCUUGGGUUUGACGGCGUUGUUUGUACUGACUGGGGCUUGUUAUCUGACGUUACACUUCUUGGACAAGAAAUGCCUGCUAGAGCGUGGGGGUGUGAGCAUCUUACCAACCUUGGAAAAGCAUAUAGAGUCCUUGAAGCCGGUUGCGAUCAAUUUGGAGGUGAAUGCUGCCCAGAGGUCAUUUUGGCUUUGGUAGAAAAGAAUUUGAUCCCUGAAAGUCGCAUCGACGAGUCUGUCAAGCGGAUCUUGCGCGACAAGUUUACUCUAGGUCUCUUCGAUACCCCUUUCGUUGACAUCGACGCCGCAGGCCAGAUUGUUGGACAACCACUAUGGCAACAGGAAGGCGAACUAGCUCAACGAAGAUGUUACACUUUGCUUGAGAACAAGGCCAACAUUCUCCCCUUGCCACGCAAGUUAUCAGACAAACGUAUCUAUAUCGAGGGCAUCGAUCCUGUCGUGGUGCAGACACGGGGUCUGAAAGUCUCGCCAUCAAUUGAAGGUGCAGAUAUAGCUCUUCUGCGGCUCCGAUGCCCUUAUGAGAACCGACCAGGCGGGUUUGAGAAGCUAUUCCAUGCCGGACCACUCGAAUACUCUGCAGAGGAAAAGGAACGCCAGGCCGACAUUUUUCGAAAGUGCCCAGCUACAAUAGUCGACAUGUACUUGGAUCGUCCAGCCGUUAUGCCAGAGAUAAUUCGCCAGGCGGAUGCGGUUUUUGCAAGCUUUGGUAGUAGUGACGAUGCAUUCCUUGACGUUGUCUUCGGUAUGGCGCAGCCUGAGGGUAAACUCCCUUUUGACCUUCCAAGCUCGAUGCGGGCCGUUGCCAACAGCCGCGAGAAUGUGCCCUUUGACACUGAAGAUCCACUAUUCAAAUUCGGAUUCGGGCUUCGAUACACCCGGUAG